AGAAAUACAAAAAUAUUUCAACGAUUUUUCGUUUUAUUGCUGAAGAAAUCAUUUGUGAGAUGUUAGUAUGCUUGUGCAGUCAAAAAGAAAGCAUUUAGGUGCAUAUCUUAGUAUUUCAUAGUCCGGUAAAAUUCUAAUUACAUUGUUCGUUUGUUGAUAAAAGAUUAAACAAUUAAAUUUAAAAUUUUUCAAUGACCAGUCGACAUUCGACGUGGCCAAUAUUUUGCCCCAAUAAGCAGCAUACUUUGAACAUACGGGUCGUUUUGAACUUUCUCAUUACAGUGUUUAAGCUCUUCCUCGAGUUCGUUCAACUUUCCACCAUUUUACCAAAUGAAGACUGCUAAAAAGCAAGGAAAAGCUGCUCUCUCAAUAUGGUUACUCGUAGCACUAUGUGCAGUGUAUGUUCUUUAUGUUGCUGGAAAGAAAGGCCUUAUAGUUCAUGGUGGUUAUAGUGAAUGGAGUGAAUUCACAGAUUGCUCUGUAAGCUGUGGGGGUGGUAUCAUAACUCGCUAUCGGACCUGCACAAAUCCAGCUCCAAAGUACUUUGGUCGAAAUUGCUCCAUUCUUGGUCUUCCUGUCGAGACAAAAUGUCAAACACAACCUUGUCCAAUAAACGGCGGGUUUAGCGAGUGGGGAGACUAUGGUCCUUGCAGCGUAACAUGUGGGGAUGGAACCAAAACACGUGAGCGCCUAUGUAACAAUCCAUCACCACAAUAUGGCGGAAAAGUGUGCAUUGGUGAAGAAAAAAUGAGUGAAUCAUGUAACCAAGGUCCUUGUCCAGUGAACGGUGGUUACGGCGAGUGGAGCGAUUGGUCUGCCUGUAGUGUGACAUGUAAUAGCGGAGAGAAAACGCGUACACGCAAAUGCGAUAAUCCCUCACCUCAAAAUGGCGGAAAGAACUGCGAGGAGCAGGGAUUAGGGGCUGCUUCGGAGACUGCGAUCUGCGAGGAAGCACCAUGCUCUAACAAUACGACUGAACCGAAUGCUGCAACAAAUCAGUCAACCACAGGUGCCGUGAAUAAUGACAAUUGAGUCUUUUUACACGCAUGCUAACAGAAUGGCAUCAGUAGAUAAGGAAAAACGUUUGCGAUGAAGACAUUUGUGUAUUACACUUAUUUAUUCACUAGUUGCAAAGAGGACCUUUCGGGGUUUUUUUUCGAGCAUGGCCUUCUCCUAAAGUCCUAAUUUACUUUUUCCUGACAAAGUAAGCUUUUUUCUUUCCAGUAAGGAUGUUCUAGUUUAAUGUUUGUUCUCAUAAGAUAUAGUUUAAUCUUUGUUCACUCAAGCUCAUACUAUAAACAUAGAUGCGAUUUUACAAACGAGUUGUGCUUUGAAAUAAAAUCGAGUAAAAUGA